AUGUGUGGCGCAACCACUGUGCUCCAAUGCAAUCGGAAGUUUUGGCCAGCCACAUUGAAGACAAUAGAAACUAGUCCCAAAAGGCUUCAGAUUUCCGAAGAAAAGAAUUUGCUAAAAGCACUUUUCUUCCGCAAGUCAAAUUGCCCUUUUUCUCCAUCGGGAUUUCCUCGCUUCCUGAAUGUCUUCUCGGUCAUUGUGGCGAAGAAGAACGACAAAGUGGAACUGGAGUGUCGAACCCAGGGCGAGCCUUCACCUUUGGUCCGGUGGUUCAAGGACAGCACCCCAAUUGAUCUCACCAACACUCGAUUUUUAGUUACGCCCAAAUGGCUAGAUGAAGUUAAAAUUCUUCCACCUCUGAUCAGUCGCAGAGAUAAUGGCUUAGUUCCCACUCUCACCUCAUUGGAAGGUAGCACAUAG